CACACACACACACACACACACACACACACACGAAGCACAGAUACUCUCUCUCUCUCUCUGUUGAUGUAUGACGUCAUGGGUGUAUUUUGUGUGUCUGUGCAGGGGUGUGUGAUGUUUUUUGAUUCGUCUAUUUUUAAGAACCAGGGGGCAUCUGGGAGAGUUCCCGACAGGAUCCUGGGGCCAAAAGUUCAGAGAAAGACAGACAGAGAGAGGAGCGAGUGGAAGCUCGUUUGGAGGAGAGCAGAGGGAAAGAGAUGAAAGACCUGAGAGUUGAAAAUGGCGUGAGCCGUAGCGCUGAACAGCCUCAGAUGCGGUACAACGCAGCUGGUUAUUUUCCAUUUACUCCCAUCGCACUUAGGCUCCGGUCACAGAAAACAGAUCACCAUAUGUAUUAUUAAUCCAAACAUCUCCCUUCCUCCCACUGGGUCGAGUCGCCCUCAAAGCCGUGCAGCCCUCCCUCACCUCGAAGGCUGGGCCAGCCUUCCUGCAAGGCAACUCCAGGGCCCCAAAACACAUAACAGUCAGGUUAGAGUUGGAAGAGACAAGGUGUCAGUGAGGUAGGUGCUGGCAGGCAGGUUCCAUAUGUUAAACCUGGACCGGUUUCAGAACACAAGCACGGCAGCGCACGUACCCCGUCAGUGGGAGCUACACUAGAUCUGCAUAAUGGAUAUACAAGGGGCUCUUGUUAGUAUCUGGUUUUAGCGGAGCCGAGCUGAGCACACAGCAGACAGGACUGGAGAGCAGCCCAGUCCUGGAGAUGGCAAACGUGGUUAAACUGAUAAAACUGUCAUUACUGUGUUGGAGGCAGCUGACGAGGUGCAAGGCCGAGAGAAAAAAAGGAUAUUUAAACAACAGAGCACUGCCUUCACUCCAAUGUUGUGCUACAUUCCUGCUAUUGCACACAAUCUGGGUUUGGGCUUCUGAGGUUCUGCUGAAUUUUAAGGAAUGUUGCGAAAGCCAAUCAACGUUGAGAAUAAGACCCACUGGAGACAGAUCCUGAGCUAGCAGGUCAUCAAACCUGCCACCGGUCACAUGAUGGCUCUGUCUUCUCUGGUAUUUCCACAACAGAAGUUAAAGCCCCUUUUCCACUGGUCAAAACCCACUAGCACCCGGCUAACAUUGGGCUUCUGUCUGCUGUGGGAAUGGAUGGGAAAUGACUCUGCAUUAGACACAGGCUCUAGCUCCGAUCAGCAGUAAUGGAAACAUGAUAGCCAGGAUGCAACACUGACAGAGGAGCAAGGUGAGAGAGCCUCUCCGUGACUCAUCAGAGAAAGUGGAACAGAAAGACAAACUCCUUCACUGACAAUGGGAAUGCGGUCAUUUGCCUUCUUCUUGGGUGUACAAGGUUUCGUGGGGUGUGAUGGCGUCGUGCUCCGAGGCCUGUGUCUCAGGAGGAGACUCCUCUGGGAGUGAGACGGGUUCUAGCUGUCUUCAGUUUGGGGUUCGUUCCUAUCUGCACCACUUCUACGAGGGGUGCUCAUCCUCCAUGUGGGAGAGAGACCCUGAGGAUCGGGGGUUCGUCCAGAGCCAGAGGUCAGCCCUGUGGUGGAACUCAGCAGUCUGGAAGGUGUCCUUGGCCCUGGGCCUCCUGAUCCUGACUGCAGGCAUCGCCAGCCUGUCGGUCGGCUCCUUCACUCCCCAUAAAAUCGAGUCGUUCGGAGAGGGGGACCUGCUCUUCGUCGACACCCAGGCCAUUAGCUUCAACAGGGGGCUGCACCUCAGCGCCGCGGCCGGGAUCGGGCUCUCCUGCCUCGGCUCGGCCCUGCUGGUGAUGGGGGUUGUCGUUUGGAUCCUGCCCAAGGCCAACUUGAAAGAGAGGCUGUUCCACAGACCGGGGGAGGGGGAAGGGAGAGGAGAGCUGCGGUCCAAGUGGAGGGGAUUUCGGGAUCCGGGGGAUGUGGUCACUAAGCCGCCAGGUAUCGAAGAGGGGAAGCUACCUGUCACACUGUCGAAAGUGGAAAAUGUGCAGCCCACUUCUUAAAACGAUCCCUGCUGAGCAACAUGGCUCCAGGCUGUUGUUGUAGUCCAGAGAGCCUCAUUUACAAGGUCUUAUGCUGGUUUGUUUUUCAUCUAUUUUCAAGGUAAAAUAUAUAAUUUUAUCACACUAAUGGAGGUCGUUUGGAUACCUGGAAAUAAGCCUCAGACAAGAUGUAGACAGAAUACUUCAAAAAACCUGUCAUGGUUCAAAAGCACAGCUUGAUCAGAGAUUUUUUAUUGUCGAAACAAACCCAAAUUAAAACAUAUAAAUGAGGCACCAAGACUUCAACCAGAGACCGUGUGGCUCUCUUGUAUUGUAGCUGUUGACUUUGUGCAGUGCAGUGCAAUAGUCUUGUAUUUAAAGAGAGUACUGUACAGUGACUAAUGUCUGCCCAGCCACUGGGAGAGAGCAGUGUACUAAUGACUAAUGGUAGAAACUCUAUUUUUACCCCUUAACUUGAUAAUGUUUUUUGUAUUUCAAUCAGCUUUCCAAGUAGUUAGACAUAUGACCCCAUUCACAAAUCCAAACCUACACCUCCAUUCACAUACAUACAGAAUAUACACAUACGGAUCACAGGUGCUCACAUGCAGGAGUGGUUUACAGAUAAAAACAGUUCUACAUCUAUAUUUUCACACGUCUACACCGAGGUGGUGAAAGCAUGUACAGUCACACACCCACACACACAAAUCCGUGCUUCAUUGACAGAAUCACCUAUUUUCUCUCCACUGUAAUCUAGCUCCCUAAUUGCCUGCAAUCUGUGUCUCCAGGCAACAGUUGGGCCUCAAGUGCUCUAUUUUCACCUCCGAACAAAGACUCCUUUCUGAUUGGUCGCCCGUGUUCCCUCUCGUCAUUUUCACUCCAAUCAGAUGUUUUGUUUACAGUCAGACACCGUUGUAGCGGGUAAGUGGUGAGGCACUGAGGUGAGAGAAAGAUGCACCGGCACCUCAGAGGCCACCUGUUAAAUCGGCUCCUCUGGUUUAUUUAAAUUAGUUGGAUUUUGAAAAACAAUUACAAUAGACAUUAUAACCACUGCACUGAUUCUCACUGGAUGUUAUUAUUGGUGUUUCAUUGUUUUAUUGUGUUAUUGGCCAUGGUGAAGACACCGGAGUCAAAUGAGGGUCAAGUGUCACUGGUGCAAAUGAAAUGACCAGAAUAAAGU